CUCUUCUUCCUCCUUAAACCCUAAUUUCAUUCAUCCCCAAAACCCUCUCAAUGACCACCACCGCCGCAGAGCAAUUCGAUCCAUCAACGCAAACCACGAGAGUGAGCCCCAAGACAGUGGACGACGCAAUCAGCUCUCUACUCAAAUGGAAAACCGAGAAAUCAAAAACAGAGAAGCCUCAGCUCCUCGAGCAAGACGAGUUCGUCUACCUAACCGUCACUUUGAAGAAGAUCCCGCAAACAAGCCGCACGAACGCUCACCGAAUCCGAUUACCUCACCCGCUUAUCAACACGGAGGAAGAGUCCCCCGAGCUUUGCCUCAUCAUCGACGACAGACCUAAAAGCGGCCUCUCCAAAGAAGACGCGGUUAAAAAGAUCGAAUCGGAGAAUAUUCCGAUUACCAAAGUGCUCAAGCUCUCGAAGCUCAAGACGGACUACAAGGCCUUCGAAGCGAAGAGGAAGCUUUUCGACUCGUACGAUAUGUUCUUCGCGGAUCGGAGAGUGAUUCCUAUGCUUCCGAGGCUGAUCGGGAAGAAGUUCUUUGUUCAGAAGAAGAUUCCUUUGCCGGUGGAUCUGAAGCAUAAGAACUGGAAGCAGCAGAUUGAGAAGGGAUGCGGCUCCGCUAUGUUUUUCGUUAGCACGGGGACGUGUAGUGUUGUGAAAGUUGGGAAGUUGUCGAUGGAUAGCGACGAGGUUGUUGAGAAUGUGAUGGCGACGCUAAACGGCGUCGUUGAGGUGUUGCCUAGUCAGUGGAAGUACGUUCGGUCUUUGCAUUUGAAGCUGUCAGAGAGCGUUUCGUUGCCGAUUUAUCAGUGUGUGCCUGAUUUGAAGCUGAAGAUUGAUGAUUUUGAGGAGGAGAGUGGUGUUACGGAAGAGAAGAAGAAGAAGAAAGGGAAGAGUGAUGGUGUGAAGGGGAAAAAGAAGAAGGGUAGGAUUCAUGAGGUUAGAUGUAUGGAUAGUAAUGUAUCUGAGGUGCUUGAUGAAGAUGAGGUUAGUAUUGAGUCUGGUGGUGUUAAGGAGAAGAAGAAUAAGAGAAAGAAGGAGGUAAGUGUGGUUGAUGAUGAUGCUGAGAAACCGAAGAAGAAAGUUGCCAAGAGUAAGCUGAAAGAGAAGAGAAAUAGUGGGUUAAAGCCGGAGAAGAAGACAAUGGUUACAAAAGGUUUGAAACAAAAGAGGAAGAAGACUGUGCUUAGAAGUUAAGGUAAUGGAACAUCAGAGGAUUAGAUCUUUAAGGUUUUUGCAUCUUUUUCAAUUAAGUAAUUGUAUGUUUUAUCGUAAUGCUGAUGAUAUUUUAGGUUCUCUUAUAUCGUCUACUGCUUCUCGUGUUGUUUGGUGGAGGAAACAUACUUAUGUUACCAGUUUUGAUUUUUUCUUAUUUAACUUAUUUUGU